AACAACAGCUGAAAUAUUAAUUUGCACCAAAACAAAAGAAUUAUUAUCAAUUUUAAAGAUGCAAGCAGCUGAAUUGAACGCAAUAAGAAUUGUACUACGUCCGCAGUUGUAAAUUAAAUGCGGGUAAUUUGCCCGCAGAAAUCAUCAAGAGCAGCUCAAAAUUAGGCAAACAGAUUUCACUUUCCACAGCAAACAAAAACAAAUCCAAAGUGCAAUAAAAAACAAAAAUGACAAACGACAAAUUACCGUUAAAGCAGGCGGCAGUUUCCGUGCAGCGUUUCCAGGAUGAGGCGGUGCCCCAUCAUCUGAGUCUGCUGCAGAAUCAUCGCAGCAACAUUGAAAAGAGUCUCGCUUUGGGCGACUGGCAGAAGAUCAAAAAGGAGGAAUUAAAUGCGAUGCGGGUAAUAAAACAAAUGAAGAAUCUGCUGCUCGAAAUGGAUGCGUUGCGUGAGAAACUGCGAGAUGAGGAUUUGGAGCGAUUCGAUGAUCUGAUGAAGCCUGGCAAGGAUAAAGCCUUCGAGGGCAUGAAACGAUUUGCAGAAUUGAAGCUGAAGUCGCCCAGUUCGCGGAGUUCUCGGUAUGACGAUCAGGAUGAGGAUCAGGACCAGGUGGUGAGCAUUGUGAAUGUGCCCGCCUUGCAACAUGCCCUGCCCCAACUGGAGACGGACUUCCAGCUGGAGCAGCAUCAGCUGGCGCAGCGAGAGGCAUGCUUAGUGCAAAUGGAGCAACUGCAGCAUGAGAUUCAGGAUUUGCAUGGCAUGUUCCACGGCAUGCGGCAGCUGACCCAGGAGCAGGCGACUAGUGUCCAAAGCAUAGCGGAUAACGCCGAGGAGGCAUUGGAGAAUGUGCAGCAGGGAGAGCGGAGUCUGAGGAAUGCCUUGGGCUACAAGAAAGCCAUGUAUCCAGUUGUGGGUGCCCUGCUCGGCACCUGUGUCGGUGGACCCAUUGGCCUUGUCGCCGGAAUUAAGGCGGGCGGAUUGGCUGCUGUGGGUUGUGGCAUAUUGGGUUUCACUGGGGGAUCUGUGCUGAAAAGCAAUCCAGAUGUUUUGCAUGGGAAUAUUGAGGAGCAACGGGGGCAGCAGGAGGGCAAUAACGAUAACGAUUCUAUGGAGACUUUGGAGUUGGCGGACAAAUCGCACGAAUGACAAACGUUGACCUUGGCCAGGAAUAAGAUGCCUCCUCGAGUUGCAGUUGCAAGUGGAGUUUUGUGCAGCGUGCGCAGCUUUUGUUCCAUACAGUGAAAGUGGAUGGUGUUGUGGAUGACGAGUAGACAUUGUGGAUGCUGAGUAUCUUGUGUAUUCGGUGUAUCCUUUGUGGAUUCUGAUUAGAUACACACAUCUGCUGUGGAUUCUGAGUAUAUGUUAACUAAUUCUGAGUGGAUGAUGUGUAUUCUGGGUAUCUGUGAAUUGUGUCUGCUGUGGAUGCUAAUAAUCUGUUGUGUUUGCUGAGUAUAUGCUGUAGAUUCUGCUUGUCUACUGUGCAUUCUCAACAUCUGUUGUGGAUUCCAGUAAAUAUAUAUAAUAAUGAAACACAUAAACACCGACCGUCAAAAAAACUAUUCGCCUCGAACAUCACCACAGCAGCAGAGUCAAGUCACCCCCUUAUUUUAUUACACCAUGCGUAAGCCGACAUUCACAAUGGAGUCCACAACAGAUACUCAGCGUUCACAACAGAUACUCAGCGUCCA